UGACGGCGGCGGGCACGGCGGGCGGCCCGAGCGGCCUGGAGCCCUGGGAGCUGCGCGCGCCCCGGCCCCGUCGCUCCGCCGGCCUCGCGCUGCGCAUUCUCUCCUGGCGGCGGCGCCACCUGCAGCCGCGCUCCGCGAACAUGGCGACACGGAGCAGCAGGAGGGAGCCGCGACUCCCCUUCCUCCUCGCCCUGGUCGCGCUGCUGCCGCCCGCGGCUGUCGGCGAGUCCGGGGCGCUGAGCCUGCGGGGCGGCCGCGCGCAGCUGCCCCAGGACCGGGGCUUCCUCGUGGUGCAGGGCGGCCCGCGAGAGCUGCUGCGGCGGCGGGAGGCGGCCGACAAGCCCGCUCGGAGGAGACGGAGCGCUGCCCCGCAGCCCGAGCCCAUCAAGGUGUACGGACAGGUCAGCCUGAAUGACUCCCACAAUCAGAUGGUGGUGCACUGGGCUGGAGAGAAGAGCAACGUGAUCGUGGCCUUAGCCCGAGACAGUCUGGCCUUGGCGCGGCCCAGGAGUAGUGACGUGUACGUGUCUUACGACUACGGAAAGUCCUUCAGGAAGAUCUCGGAGCAACUGAACUUCGGCCCGGGGAACAGCAGCGAGGCCGUCAUCGCCCAGUUCUACCACAGCCCCGUGGACAACAAGCGGUACAUCUUUGCUGACGCUUAUGCCCAGUACCUCUGGAUCACAUUUGACUUUUGCAACACCAUCCAAGGCUUUGCCAUCCCAUUCCGGGCGGCCGAUCUCCUCCUGCACAGUAAGGCCUCCAACCUGCUCCUGGGCUUCGACCGCUCUCACCCCAACAAGCAGCUGUGGAAGUCGGAUGACUUUGGCCAGACCUGGAUCCUGAUUCAGGAGCACGUGAAGUCCUUCUCUUGGGGAAUCGAUCCCUACGACAAGCCAAACACCAUCUACAUUGAGCGGCAUGAACCCUCUGGCUACUCCACCAUCUUCCGAAGUACCGACUUCUUCCAGUCCCGUGAGAACCAGGAGAUCAUCCUGGAGGAGGUGAAGGACUUCCAGCUCCAGGACAAGUACAUGUUUGCUACAAAGGCAGUGCGUCCCUUGGGCAUCCAACAGCCGUCUUCGGUCCAGCUCUGGGUCUCCUUUGGCCGGAAGCCCAUGCAAGCGGCCCAGUUUGUCACGAGACACCCUAUUAAUGAGUACUACAUCGCAGAUGCCUUCGAGGACCAGGUGUUUGUGUGUGUCAGUCACAGUGACAACCGCACCAACCUGUACAUCUCGGAGGCUGAGGGGCUCAAGUUCUCCCUGUCUCUGGAGAACGUGCUCUACUACAGCCCGGGAGGCGCAGGCAGCGACACGCUGGUGAGGUACUUCGCAAACGAGCCGUUUGCCGACUUCCAUCGUGUGGAGGGGCUGCAGGGAGUCUACAUCGCCACCCUCAUCAACGGCUCCAUGAGCGAGGAGAACAUGAGGUCCGUUAUCACCUUUGACAAAGGGGGAACCUGGGAGUUUCUGCAGGCUCCAGCCUUCACAGGAUAUGGAGAAAAAAUCAACUGUGAGCUCUCCCAGGGCUGUUCUCUGCACCUGGCCCAGCGGCUCAGCCAGCUGCUCAACCUCCAGCUCCGAAGAAUGCCCAUCCUGUCCAAGAAGUCGGCGCCGGGGCUCAUCCUUGCCACCGGUUCAGUGGGAAGGAACUUGGCCAGCAAGACAAACGUGUACAUCUCCAGCAGUGCUGGGGCCAGGUGGCGAGAGGUUGGUCUUUGUUUGUGUGAGAGCAUGGACCACACAUGCCCUGGCAUUUCAGCCCAGGGCACCCACUGUGAGUCUAGUACUCAGGGAGGUACCGGGACGUCGUCACAUGGUGGAGCCCAGGCCGUCCCCGAGAUGGCUCUGUCCACCUUCCUUAGUGAGAUCACACCACCGUUGCUCACAGACUUCCAGUUCUUGAAGAAUCCUCCCCACCUGGGGUCCUGGGGUCCUGGGGCCGCCGUGGAGAUCACUGCGGGCAGAACUGCUGUCUCCACCUUCCGCACCAGAUUUCUGCAAGCGGCCACCACCAUUGUGGGAGGAAUGUUACCUGGAAGCCAAGGCCUUCCUCUGAGGAGUUUAACUCUUUUUUUUUUUUUUUUUCUGUCUAGAGCACUAUUCAACUCUGGCUUAUGGUGGUGCAGGGGAUUGAACCUGGGGCUUGGAUCCUCCGGCAUGAGACUCUGUAUACAUAACUAUUGUGUUGUCUCGCCUGCCCUCUGGGGAGUUUUAACUGAAAAACGCUCUUUCUUGCACUUGGACAGGUACAGCACCAAUGAAGGGGAGACCUGGAAAACGUUCAUCUUCUCCGAGAAGCCCGUGUUUGUGUACGGACUGCUCACGGAGCCUGGGGAGAAGAGCACGGUCUUCACCAUCUUUGGCUCCAACAAGGAGAACGUGCACAGCUGGCUGAUCCUCCAGGUCAAUGCCACGGACGUCCUCGGGGUUCCCUGUACAGAGAAUGACUACAAGCUGUGGUCGCCAUCUGAUGAGAGAGGCAACGAGUGUCUGCUGGGACACAAGACGGUGUUCAAGCGGAGGACUCCCCACGCCACAUGCUUCAACGGGGAGGACUUUGACCGGCCGGUGGUAGUGUCCAACUGCUCCUGCACCCGUGAGGACUACGAAUGUGACUUUGGCUUCAAGAUGAGCGAAGAUUUGGCACUGGAGGUGUGCGUUCCAGACCCCGACUUCUCUGGCAAGUCCGCUUUUCCGCCUGUGCCGUGUCCUGUGGGCUCUUCAUACAGGAGGACCAGAGGCUACCGGAAGGUUUCUGGGGACACUUGUAGUGGAGGAGACGUUGAAGCACGGCUGGAGGGCGAGCUGCUCCCGUGCCCCUUGGCAGAGGAGAACGAGUUCAUCCUGUAUGCCACUCGCAAGUCCAUCCACCGCUACGACCUGGCCUCGGGGGCCACGGAGCAGCUGCCCCUCAGCGGCCUGCGGGCGGCGGUGGCCCUGGACUUUGACUAUGAGCGCAACUGCCUGUACUGGUCGGACCUGGCGCUGGACCUCAUCCAGCGCCUCUGUUUGAACGGCAGUUCCGGGCAGGAGGUGAUCAUCAAUUCUGGCCUGGAGACAGUGGAAGCUUUGGCCUUUGAGCCCCUCGGCCAGCUGCUGUACUGGGUAGAUGCUGGCCUUAAAAAGAUCGAGGUAGCUAACCCAGAUGGUGACUUCCGACUCACGAUCCUCAAUUCCUCUGUGCUGGAUCGGCCCAGGGCUCUGGUCCUCCUGCCCCAGGAUGGGCUCAUGUUUUGGACGGACUGGGGAGAUGUGAAGCCUGGCAUCUACCGGAGUGACAUGGAUGGGGCUGCAGUCCACCGCCUGGUGUUUGAGGACGUGAAGUGGCCUAAUGGCAUUGCUGUGGACGGCCAGUGGAUCUACUGGACGGACGCCUACCUGGACUGCAUCGAGCGCGUCACCUUCAGCGGCCAGCAGCGUUCCGUCAUCCUGGACAACCUGCCCCACCCCUACGCCAUCGCUGUCUUCAAGAAUGAGAUCUACUGGGAUGACUGGUCGCAGCUCAGUAUUUUCCGAGGCUCCAAGUACAGCGGAUCCCAGGUGGAGGUUCUGGCCAGCCAGCUGACAGGGCUGAUGGACAUGAAGAUCUUCUACAAGGGGAAGACCAGCGGGAGCAAUGCGUGUGAGGCCCGGCCGUGCAGCCUGCUGUGCCUGCCCAAGGCCAACAACAGCAGGAGCUGCAGGUGUCCUGAGGGGCUGUCAAGCACCGUCCUCCCGUCCGGGGACCCUCUGUGUGAAUGCCCGAGGGGCUACCAGCUGCAGAACUCCACCUGUGUCAAGGAAGAGAACACCUGUCUCCGAAACCAGUAUCGUUGCAGCAACGGCAACUGCAUCAACAGCAUUUGGUGGUGCGACUUCGACAACGACUGUGGAGACAUGAGCGAUGAGAGGAACUGCCCCACCACCAUUUGUGACCUGGAUACCCAGUUCCGAUGCCAGGAGUCUGGGACCUGCAUCCCCCUGUCCUACAAAUGUGACCUUGAGGACGACUGUGGGGACAACAGUGACGAGAGCCACUGUGAGAUGCACCAGUGCCACCAAGACGAGUUCAACUGCAGCUCUGGCAUGUGCGUCCGCUCCUCCUGGGUGUGUGACGGGGACAAUGACUGCAGGGACUGGUCCGAUGAGGCCAACUGCACCGCCAUCUACCACACCUGUGAGGCCUCCAACUUCCAGUGCCACAACGGGCACUGCAUCCCCCAGCGCUGGGCCUGUGACGGCGAUGCCGACUGCCAGGACGGCUCUGAUGAGGACCCUGUCACCUGCGAGAAGAAGUGCAAUGGGUUCCACUGUCCCAACGGCACCUGCAUCCCGUCCAGCAAGCACUGCGAUGGUCUGCAGGACUGCUCGGAUGGCUCUGACGAACGCCACUGUGAGCCCCUGUGCACACACUUCAUGGACUUCGUGUGCAGGAACCGACAGCAGUGCCUCUUCCAAUCCAUGGUGUGUGACGGCCUCGUCCAGUGCCGCGACGGGUCCGAUGAGGACCCGGCCUUCGCAGGAUGCUCCCAAGACCCCGAGUUCCGCAGGGUGUGCGGCGACUUCAGCUUCCAGUGUCAGAGCGGCGUGUGCAUCAGCCUGAUCUGGAGGUGCGACGGCAUGGACGACUGCGGAGACCGCUCGGACGAGGCCGGCUGCGAAAACCCCACGGAAGCCCCCAGCUGCUCCCGCUACUUCCAGUUCCAGUGCGGGAACGGCCGCUGCAUUCCCAACAGGUGGAAGUGUGACCGGGAGAACGACUGCGGGGACUGGUCCGAUGAGAAGGACUGCGGGGACUCGCAGGCCCUGCCCUCGCCGACCCCGCAGCCCUCCACGUGUCUGCCCGACUACUUCCGCUGCAGCAGCGGCUCCUGCGUGAUGGACAGCUGGGUGUGUGACGGCUACCGGGACUGUGCUGAUGGCUCUGAUGAGGAAGCCUGCCCCUCGCCCCCAAAUGUCACCGCUGCCUCCACACCCACCCACACUGGGCGUUGUGACCGGUUUGAGUUCGAGUGCCACCAGCCAAAGAAAUGCAUCCCCAACUGGAGGCGGUGUGACGGCCGCCGGGACUGCCGAGACGGUCAGGAUGAGGCCAACUGCCCCACUCACAGCACCUUGACCUGCCUGAGCUCGGAGUUUCGCUGUGAGGAUGGCGAGGCCUGCAUCCUGCUGUCUGAGCGCUGUGACGGCUUCCUGGACUGCUCAGACGAGAGCGACGAGAGGGUCUGCAGUGAUGAGCUCACUGUCUACAAAGUGCAGAAUCUCCAGUGGUCAGCAGACUUCUCCGGGGACGUCACCUUGACCUGGAUGCGGCCCAAGAAGAUGCCGCUGGCCUCCUGUGUUUACAAUGUCUACUAUAGGGUGGUGGGGGAGAGCCUCUGGAAGACUCUGGAGACCCACAGCAACAAAACCAACAUGGUGCUGAAGGUCCUGAAGCCUGACACCACGUAUCAGGUCAAAGUGCAAGUGCAGUGUUUGAGCAAGGUGCACACCAGCAACGACGUGGUCACGCUGAGGACGCCAGAAGGAUUGCCGGAUGCCCCUGGGAACCUGCAGCUGUCCCUGCACCUCGAGGCGGACGGUGUGAUCCUGGCUCGCUGGGCUCCCCCGGCGCACGCCCACGGCCUGGUCCGAGAGUACAUAGUGGAGCACAGCCGGAGCGGCUCCAGGGUGUGGGCCUCCCAGAGGUCUGCGGGCAACUUCACCGAGAUCGGGGACCUGCAGCUCAACACGCAGUACAGCGUCAGGGUGGCGGCUGUGACGAGCCGUGGGAUCGGGAACUGGAGUGACUCCAAGUCCAUCACCACCAUGAAGGGAAAAGCCAUCCCACCUCCGGACAUCCACAUCGAUGGCUAUGACGAGAGUUCCCUGAGCUUCACGCUGACCAUGGGGAGCGACGUGAAGGUCAGCGGUUACGUGGUGAACCUCUUCUGGGCUUUUGACACCCACAAGCAAGAGAAGAGAACACUGACCUUCCGGGGGAGAGUGUUGUCUCACAGAGUCGGCAACCUCACUGCUCACACAGCCUACGAGAUCUCUGCCUGGGCCAGGACCGACUUGGGGGACAGCCCGCUGGCCUUUGAGCACGUGCUGACCAGGGGCAUCCGCCCACCCGCCCCCAGCCUCAAAGCCAAGGCCGUCAACCAGACCACAGUGGAGUGCACCUGGACGGGCCCCAGGAGCGUGGUUUACGGCAUCUUCUACGCCACGUCCUUUCUGGAUCUCUACCAGAAUCCCCAGAGCGGGACCACUUCUCUCCACGACACAACGGUCCUGGUCGGCAGGGACGAGCAGUAUUUGUUCCUGGUCCGGGUGGUGGAGCCCUACCUGGGGCCGUCCUCUGACUACGUGGUGGUGAAGAUGAUCCCCGACAACCGCCUGCCUCCCCGCCGUCUGCACGCCGUCCGCGUGGGCCAGACCUGGGCCGUCAUCAAGUGGGAGGCCCCAUAUGACAACCCUGACCAGGACCUGCUGUACGCCGUGGCCGUGAGAGACCUGGUGAGGAGGAGUGACCGCAGCUACAAGGUGCGUUCCCGGAACAGCACGGUGGAGCACACGCUCGGCAGGCUGGAGCCAGGGGGCCGCUACCAUGUCCUCGUGCAGCUGGGCAACAUGAGCAAGGACUGCAGCGUCAAGAUCAGCACCGUCCCACUGUCGGCGCCUCACGCCUUAAAGGUCAUCACAGAAAACGACCACGUCCUUCUGUUCUGGAAAAGUCUAGCCUUGAAGGAAAAGCAGUUUAAUGAAAGCCGGGGCUACGAGGUGCACGUGCUGGACGGAGCCCUGAACACCUCGGCCGCCCUGGGCACCACCACAGACACCUUCUUCAAGGUCUCGGCCCUGCAGCCCGGCCACAACUACACCUUCACGGUGCGGGCGCGCUGCCUGCUGGGCGGCCAGCUGUGCGGGGACCCUGCCACGCUGCUGUUCCACGCCCCGGCCCCCGGCGGCGGCUCCUCGGCCUCCCCGGCCGCCCGCUCCCCAGACGUGGCCGCCGUGGCGGUGCCCGUGCUGUUCCUGGUCCUGCUGAGCCUGGGCGCGGGCUUCGCCGUCCUGUACACCAAGCACCGCCGGCUGCAGAGCAGCUUCUCCGCCUUCGCCAGCAGCCACUACAGCUCCAGGCUGGGCUCGGCCAUCUUCUCCUCCGGGGACGACCUGGGGGACGACGACGAAGACGCUCCCAUGAUCACUGGAUUCUCAGACGACGUCCCCAUGGUGAUCGCCUGAAGGAUCCGGCCUCACUAGAAACCAAAUGGUGUAAAUAUUUUAUUUGAUAAAGAUAGCUGAUGGUUUAUUUUAAAAGAUGCGCUUUGAGUUGCAAUAUGUUAUUUUUAUAUGGGCCAAAAAAAAAACACAUAAAACAGAACAACAAAAACAACCUGGAAAGAGAACGAGUAAACUUUGUAGCGAUCAACUGUGAGCUUCAGACCGGCCUGAUCUCAGCCACCGAGCUGCUUUCGCCUUGACAUUCCUGCCGUCCACAGGGCUGUGCUGGCCGGGCGAGCUUCAUGUCUGUGAGAUUCUUUGGGUCAAUAAACCAGCUAUUCUCUUA